GGCAGAGUCCUUAUACCAGGAUUUCUCAUUUUCCUACAAUGUAUAAUAUUAAUAGUAGGCAUCCUAUAUAGCAUUUUCUCUUCAACUAUCAACAGUGAACAUGACAAGGUGUUAGAUCUCACACAUGUUGUAUGCUCUCUACUUCUGAUCACUGUAGAAUGAAAAUGUACUGUUCUAGGGAUCAGUGUCCUUCAGUGAUGUGGCUGUGGGCUUCACCCAGGAGGAGUGGCAGCAUCUGGACCCUGCUCAGAGGACCCUGUACAGAGACGUGAUGCUGGAGAACUACAGCCUUCUCCUCUCAGUGGGGUAUUGCACUACCAAACCAGAGGUGGUUUGCAAGUUGGAGCAUGAAGAGGUGCUGUGGAUAUUAGAGGAAGAGUCCCCAAGUCAGAGCCACCUAGACUGCUGCAUAGAUGAUGAACUGAUGGAGAAGAGACAGGAAAAUCAAGACCAGCAUUUGCAGAAAGUUGAUUUUGUCAACAACAAAACACUGACUAUGGACAGAAAUGGUGUAUUAGGAAAAACAUUUUAUCUUGACACAAACCCCAUUCUAUCAAGAAAAAUACGUGGCAACUGUUACUCAUCUGGAGUGAAUUUGAAUAAUAUUUUGGAAUAAUUAAUUAUUAGUAAUAGAAGCUCCUUUGUAAGGAACCCUGCUGAGUGUAAUGUACAUGGGAAAUUUCUCCUCUGUAUGAAGCGUGAGAAUCCUUAUGCCAGAGGGAAUCCUUUGGAAUAUGAUGGAAAUGGGAAAGCCGUCUCUCAGAAUGAGGACUUAUUUAGGCAUCAGUAUAUUCAAACUCUUAAGCAGUGUUUUGAAUACAAUCAGUGUGGGAAGGCUUUUCAUGAAGAGGCAGCCUGCAGUUCCCAUAAGAGAGUGUGCUCAUGGGAGACCCUGUGAGUAUAAUGAACAUGUGAGAGCCUUUUCUGCUAGACCAAUAUUCAUUGUUCAUCAGAGAACUCACAUAAGGAAGAGUCACUAUGAAUUCCGUGAAUGUGAGAGGAGGUCUGGUGAGAAGCCACCUGUAAAUAAACACCACAGAGUUAUGGAGAUGAAACACUAUGAGUGUAAUGCGAGUGAGAAUAGUUUUGGCAAGAAAUCACUCCUCAUUCUACGAAGUUACAGAGGAGAGAAAACUUUUGACUGUGAUAGAGAUUUGGAAGUACUCUGCAAGAAGCCAAAUUUCACUCAGCAUCAAGAAACACAUAUAGGAAAGAAUGCCUAUAAAAUUAAUCAGUAUGCUAGUAUAUUUUGCCGUAAGCCAAAGCGUUCUGUAUGUCAGAUAACAGAUACAGAAGAAGAACUCUAUGAAUGUAGUGAAUGUGGGAAAACCUUCAGCCAUAAAUCCUCUUUUAUCCUACAUCAGAGGAUACACAGAGGAGAGAAACCCUAUGAAUACACUGAAUGUGGGAAAACUUUUGGAUAUAGGUCAUGCCUUGCAGUACAUCAAAGAACACACACAGGAGAAAACCUAUGAAUGUAAUGAAUGUGGAAAAAACUUCUGUGAGAAGUCAAAUCUUCAUGUACAUCAGAGAACACACACAGGAGAGAAACCCUGUGGAUGUAAUGAAUGUCAGAAAGCCUUUGGUGAUAGGUCAGCUCUAACAGUACAUCAGAGAAUACAUACUGGCGAGAAACCCUAUGAGGGUAAGGAAUGUGGGAAAACUUUCUCCCAGCAGCCAAACUUCAUUAAUCAUCAGUGAA